GGCCUUACUCAUUUCUACUUGUCUCCAAGCUACAAUCUCGGGAUUUCCAAUUUUACAUUCGAAGUUUAAUCUUUCAGAAUCCCCAUUUCGGAUUCCCAAACAUUACUGCUUCUACUCCCUGAUGAACUGAUCCCGAGAACCCAAUUCCCUUCUGCGUUGAAAUUUGCAAAACGAGUCUUAAGGCUUCUUCUUCUAGGUUUGGCAGCAGAAUGCUUUGGUCAUGGUUAGCCAUUGUGGUUUUGACUCUGAGCUCCUUGAAUUUGGUCCAGUGCCAAGUUAACAGUGGCCCCAAUCCAUUCGGUGAUUCUUCUGGUGCUCUUCCCUUUAUGACACAGCUUGUGAAUGCCCAACUCUCCAAUCUUACUAGAGAUCUCAGCAAGGAAAUCAAAAGCCAGUCCAGCUUCUGCGUCAAAGACCCGGAAGCUGAGUGGAACAAGGCAUUUAACUUUUCAUCCGAUUUAAGCUUCUUGACUUCUUGCAUUCAGAAAACUCAAGGAGAUAUUACACGACGUUUCUGCACGGUAGCAGAAGUGAAGUCUUAUUUUAGAAGUAUAACUGAAAAAAUUGGAAGCACCAGUUACUUGAAGCCUAACAGGAAUUGCAAUUUAACUUCAUGGGGCUCUGGGUGUGAGCCUGGAUGGGCGUGUAGUACUGACCCAGAUCAGCAGGUUGACCUUAGAACUUCACAGGAUAUCCCAGCAAGAACUACAAGCUGCCAGGCAUGUUGUGAGGGUUUCUUCUGUCCCCAGGGUCUUACCUGCAUGAUACCUUGUCCAUUGGGUUCCUAUUGUCCCCUAGCAACACUGAAUCGAACAAGUGGUUUAUGUGAACCAUAUCAGUACCGGCUACCAGCAAACCAGCCAAACCAUACAUGUGGAGGAGCAAAUAUUUGGGCUGAUGUUGAUAACAGUGAAGAAGUAUUUUGUCCAGCAGGAUCCUAUUGUCCAUCAACCACCAAAAAAAUCCCUUGCAGUAAUGGAAAUUACUGCAGGAUGGGGUCCACAUCUGAGAAACGCUGCUACAAUUUGGUGCCAUGUAAGUCGGGCACUGAAAGUCAGAACCUUCAUGUAUAUGGAAUCAUGUUCAUAGUUGGUUUGAGUACUUUGCUACUUGUUAUUUACAGCUGCUCUGAUCAAGUACUCUCAAUUAGGGAAAGAAGGCUAGCCAAAUCAAGAGAUGCAGCUGCUAGAAGUGUAAAGAGCUCAGCACAAGCACGUAGAAGGUGGAAAGAUGCUAAAGAUUCCGUUACGAGGCAUGCUAGCAGGCUUCAAUCUCAUUUGUCUUUCUCAUUUUCACAUCAAAAGAAUAUAGCUCACUCCGAAGAACUUCAGAUUUUAAAUCAAGUGAUCCCUGAGGCAGAUGGUGACUUGUUAUCACCCUUACCUCCGAACGCUUCAAGGGCAACUUUGGAUUCCAGAAAUCAGAUAGAAACUGGGCAUGAAAUUGAAAAUGAAUCUAUUGUCCAUGAUGAGUUUGAUAUGGAAGAUGGACAUCGGGUUGUCACUGCAAAUAGUUCCAAGGGUAAAAAACUACAUGCCCGUAGCAAGAUAUUCAGGCAUGCGUAUUCUCAGCUUGAGAAAGAGAAGGCUCGGCAACAAGAAUACAAGAACCUUACCUUCUCAGGAGUAAUUAGCAUGGCCUCCAACAGUGAACAAAGAAAAAGACCUCUUAUUGAGAUUUCAUUCAAAGAUCUGAGUCUUAUUUUAAAAUCACAAAACAAGUAUAUACUGCGAUGUGUUACUGGCAAUAUAAAACCAGGUCAUAUUACUGCUGUCAUGGGUCCUUCAGGAGCUGGUAAAACAACAUUUCUUUCAGCACUUGCAGGAAAAGCACUUGGAUGCAAGAAGAGUGGUUUAAUAUUAAUAAAUGGAAAGAAUGAAUCAAUUCACUCUUAUAAGAAAAUUAUCGGUUUUGUGCCCCAAGAUGAUAUCGUUCAUGGAAACCUGACAGUGGAAGAAAAUCUCUGGUUCAGUGCAAAUUGCAGGCUCUCUGCUGAAUCUUCAAAAGCGGAUAAAGUAGUGGUUGUUGAAAGAGUUAUUGAAUUCUUGGGACUUCACUCUGUGCGAAAUUCCCUCGUUGGAACAGUAGAAAAGCGAGGGAUAUCUGGAGGCCAAAGGAAGCGAGUGAAUGUUGGAUUGGAAAUGGUUAUGGAACCCUCAUUACUAAUCCUGGAUGAACCCACAUCAGGCUUGGAUAGUGCAUCAUCUCAGUUACUUCUUAGAGCACUUCGACGUGAAGCUCUUGAAGGGGUGAAUGUCUGCAUGGUAGUUCAUCAACCUAGCCAUACAUUAUUCAAGAUGUUUGAUGAUCUGGUACUCCUGGCAAAAGGCGGUCUUACUGUCUACCAUGGACCUGUUAAUAGGGUUGAAGAAUACUUUGCAGGCCUUGGGAUCUUUAUCCCUGAGCGCAUUAACCCUCCGGACUACUUUAUUGACAUUUUGGAGGGAGUGAUAAAACCUAGUGGACGCUCAGGAGUGAAGUAUGAUGAGCUCGCAGUUAGAUGGAUGCUUCAUAAUGGUUACUCAGUGCCUCCUGAUAUGCAAAAAAGUAACAUGCCAUCCAGGCUUCUAAAUCCAAUUAAUGAAACAAAUAAUGAUGAUGCUGUUAAUGAGGAACCAUCCUUCACUGGAGAGUUAUGGAAAGAUGUCAAAGGUAACAUAGAGAUGCAUCAAGAGAAGUUAAGGCUAAACUUUUUAAAGUCCAAGGAUUUAUCAAAUCGGAGAACUGCUAGUCUGUUCUGGCAAUAUAAGUACUUCCUUGCUAGAGUUGCUAAGCAGCGACUUAGGGAUGCCAAAGCGCAAGCCAUAGACUAUCUGAUUUUAUUACUUGCUGGAGCCUGCCUAGGAUCAGUUAUCAAAAUGAGGGAUCAAUCGCUUGGUGCAGCAGGAUACACAUACACAGUGAUUGCUGUUUCUCUUCUCUGCAAAAUAGCAGCUUUGAGAUCAUUUUCUCUGGAGAAAUUACAAUACUGGAGGGAGAGUGCUUCAGGCAUGAGCAGCCUAGCUUAUUUUCUCUCUAGGGACACAAUUGACCAUUUUAAUACAGUGAUCAAGCCCGCCGUGUAUCUAUCUAUGUUCUUUUUCUUCACUAACCCGAGGUCUACUUUUGUUGAUAAUUACACUGUGCUCCUCUGCCUUGUGUACUGUGUGACUGGCAUGGGGUAUGCACUGGCCAUUGUCUUUGAACCUGGAGCUGCUCAAUUGUGGUCAGUGCUUCUCCCAGUUGUUUUGACUCUAGUCGCCACGCAACCGAGAGACAGUGAAUUUAUGAAACGCAUAUCUGACGUGUGCUACACCAAAUGGGCUCUGCAGGCAUUUGUAAUCGCUAAUGCUGAAAGGUAUGAUAAAGUGUGGCUCAUAACUCGUUGUGGUGCCCUUAAGACAAAUGAUUACAAUCUUUCAGAUUGGAGUUUGUGCAUCUCAAUACUUAUCCUCUUUGGAGUAGUGAGUCGUGCGAUUGCAUUCAUCUGUAUGUUAACCUUUAGAAGGAAGUAAAGUUCGUUCGCGGGAAAAAGAAAAAAAAGAAGGAAGCAAAGUUCAAUGAUUUAGGCAUAGUUCAUCUGUAUCUAGUUGUGUAUACGUAGGGAAAUUUUUUUUUUGUACGUAUAUAUUGUUCCUACAAAAUUUUGAUGAUACCACUGCUAUGAACACUUCAUACUAUUGAAUGCAAGUAUACGCCAAAGCUUAAAGUUCAA